AUGAUGGCGUCUGCGAUGGCGACAUGGACGCCAAGCUCUCUCCAGCUCAGGAUUGCCCUCAACUACAGGAGCUUCAAAGCUGCUCCGGCGAGAGCGAAGAUGGCGAAGCUGCUCAGUCGCCGUCUCCGGGUGUCAUGCGAUGCACAAUCGGGUCGGAGUAGCGGGUCGGAUCGUUUUCGUGGGUGGGCUGAUUCAGGAGACGAUUCUGGCGGCGACGAUUGGUUUAAAGGAACAUUGGUCUCUGGAGUUGCUGGGAUGGUUCUUUUCGUUGGCUUAGCUUUCGCAGCUCUAUCUUUCAACCGAAACGUUUUCACUAGACCAAAAGUGGAAGUGAUGGUUUCUGAAAGUUCAAGUGAUCAAGUCCGCGCAAGUAGUCAUGAUGAUACAAACUAUGUGGAUAACAAGGAAAGCUAUAAAGAUUCACCAGUUUCAUCUGGGGAUGAGAUAGAUGUGGAGCCAAAAUCCGCGUCUACAAGCAAAGAAAACCACGGGGCGAACAAAGCAUUAGAAAGCCGCGCUGAUGGAGUAGAUACAGAUGCUUCUCAAAUCACAGACGAGGAGAAGAAACCCCGCUGUUAUACAGGGAUACCUGCUCCUUCAACGGUUCCACAAGUAAAUCCCUCGAGUCCUAUCGUUCCAACAGUUGUGGACCCAGUUCAAAGCCAAAUGUUUGCAGCUUUACAGGUUUUAAAGGUUAUUGAAUAUGAUGCUCGGCCUUAUGAUUUAUGUACACGCCGUGAAUUUGCUCGCUGGUUGGUUUCAGCAAGCAAUGCUCUAUCGAGGAACUCAGCAUCAAAAGUAUAUCCUGCAAUGUACAUAGAGAAUGUUACUGAACUUGCAUUUGACGAUAUCACCCCUGAAGAUCCUGAUUUUCCAGUCAUUCAAGGUUUGGCAGAGGCAGGAAUUAUCUCAAGCAAACUCUCUAACCACAACAUGCCUUCUACUGAGAGCAGUCAAUUUAAGUUCUCACCAGAAAGUCCUCUUUCACGUCAGGAUCUUUUGAGCUGGAAGAUGGCUUUGGAAUUCAGACAGCUCCCAGAAGCGGAUAGCAAGAAGUUGUACCAACUUUCUGGCUUUCUUGACAUUGAUAAAAUAAACCCAGAAGCGUGGCCUGCCCUUAUAGCUGACUUAUCUACUGGAGAACAUGGAAUAAUAGCACUUGCCUUUGGGCGCACCCGAUUGUUUCAGCCGUCUAAAGCAGUUACAAAAGCCCAAACAGCUGUAUCUCUUGCAACUGGUGAAGCUUGCGAAGCAGUUAGCGAGGAGCUAGCUCGUAUCCAAGCAGAGGCUAUGGCUGAAAAUGUGGUUUCUGCCCAUAACGAGCUGGUUUCUCAGGUCGAGAAGGAUAUCCACGCUAGCUUUGAGAAAGAGCUUUUAAGAGAAAAAAAAAUAGUAGAUGCAGUGGUGAAAUUGGCUGAAGAAGCAAAAACGGAGCUGACAAGGCUUAGACUGGAGAAAGAAGAGGAGACUCUUGCAUUGGAGAAAGAACGCACGUCGAUUGAAACAGAAAUGGAGUCUCUUGCAAGGUUACGAAAUGAGCUUGAGGAGCAACUUCAGAGCCUUGUGAAUAACAAGGCAGAGAUGGCAUAUGAGAAGGAGAGGUUUGAUAGACUUCAAAAGCAAGUGGAGAAUGAGAAUCAAGAGAUACUCCGGUUGCAGAAUGAGCUUGAAGUAGAGAGGAACGCUUUAUCCAUAGCCAGGGAUUGGGCGGAGGAUGAAGGUAGAAGAGCAACAGAACAAGCAAAAGUGCUAGAAGAAGCUAGAGGACGUUGGGAGAAGUAUGGCCUAAAGGUGAUUGUUGACAGAGACCUCCAUGAACAGACAACAACUGAGUCUACUUGGUUGAACGCAGGGAAGCAAUAUUCCGUGGAAGGAACCAUGAACAGAGCUCAAAAUGUGGUUGCUAAGCUCAAGAACAUGGCGCAAGAUGUGAGAGAGAAAUCCAGAGAUGCUAUUUACUCGAUUAUAGAGAAGAUAAAUCUUUUGAUAUCAGCUUUGCAAAAGCAAGUUCAUGGAAUGAGCAACAAAGUCAAAGAGAUCGAAAUGAAAACCAAGUCACGAGCGGAAGAGUUAAAGAAACAAACGAGCUUGAAGAUUGGUGAGAUCAGAGAUGUCUCUAUGUUGAAGGCUAAGGAGGCAGUGGAAGAGUUCAAGGAUAGGUUAUGUAAACUCAAGUCGAAGUAGGUUAUUGAGGUUUUGUCGAGAUUAUGAUUUGUUGGACAAAGAAGCAGAAAUUGAAAAUGUCUUUUUGUUGUAAGAAAGAUUUCCUUCGGCAAAGUUCUUCGAAAAAUUUCGUCUUGGAUUAAAACACUUGGAAGUAUAAAUUAUUUGUAUUAACUGAUAAUAUGAUAAAUUCACUGUAAUUCAAAUUAUUCAACACGAAAUUAAGUGUUAU